CGCUCAAGUAAGACUCUCAGGGAUCUAAAUGUUGUGGGUUUUGUAGAUUGUUCUUCUUCAAGUCUGUAGUUUAUAAGUCUGUACUUUGGAAUCAAUUAUCUUCAAGUCUCUAGUUUAUAUCCUAUAAGUUAUGUUAUGGGUUUUGUUUGCAUCUUCAAGUCUCUAGUCUGUACAUUAAUAACUUUCAUCUUCAAGUCUCUAGCCUGUGUCCCACCUUUCUUUUGGUGUCUAGCAGGUGCAACAAGAAGCUUUCUCAUUCUAUUAAAAAAUGACAUCCAUCCCUGGAUCUGAUGUGAGUAUAUUCCACUCUAAUCUUUUAUUUGAUCUCAGUUUUGUCAAGUGCUUUUCUUAUUGUCUUGAAUCUUCAAAUAAGAAUCUUAUAUGGAGUGACGAGCAAACACGGUUCUUUCUUCAACUAAGACUUGAUGAGAGUCUGAAAGGAAACAUAAGAAAGCAGAUGGUUAAUGAGGCUGGGAGACAGGUGAUCAUGGAUAAGUUCUAUGAGGCAUUUGGUAUAAAAAUUCCAUGGAGAAAAUUUGGGAUAAAGUACAAUACUUGCAAGAAGCAGUACGACUCUUUUAAGAAGUUGACUCGGAACAGAACGGGACUUGGUUUUACUUCAACUGGAUCCAUCAACAUGAGUGAGGACUGGUGGAAUGAGCGAUGCAAGGAGUGGCCUGGUGCUAGAAAAUUUAAAGACAAGCCGGUAGCAAACAUGGAUUUGAUGGAGAAGGUAUAUGGGACAGUUUAUAUUAGUGGAGGUGAAGGUUGGUCUGCUCAGCAAGGUGAAGAUGUUUUAGACACAAAGCACACAGAUCAUGAUGAUGAAGAUGAUGCUGAAUCAAGGCGUGAUGUCCCUACUCAAGAAGCUGUUGGGGAUGAAUCAAGGCGUGGUGUCCCUACUCAAGAAACUGAUGUCGCAUCUGAAUCAAGGAAUGUUGGCCCCUCUUCUUCUAGGUCAAAGGUUAAUAAAAAAAGAUCAAGGGCUGUACAAGCAGGACAAGCUGUGGCUGAUGUGAUUAGGGAGAGUGUUGAGUAGAACUGUCAAAUGGGCCGUCCAGAGCCCAUUUGGGCAUGACCAUAUGGACCAUUUCAGUUAUGGGCAAUAUUGGGUGGUCCAUAUUGGACAAUGGUCCAAAAAAUGCCCAAGACCAAUAAAAACCAUGUCCAAAUGGUCUAGCCCAUGGACACCCAUUAAUAUGUAUUUGUAUUUAAGUUAUAUGUUUCACAUUCAUAUUAUUCAUAAUAAUUUUUAUAUUUAUAUAAAUUUCACAAAA